AGAGUACACAGACAGAGGCAGCAGCAGGCAGAGCUGUAUACUGACAGACCAUUCUCUGCAUUAACUCUGACUGCACCAUGGCUCGGAUACUGAAAACCUUUAGCAUCCUUCUGAUGAGAGAAAGGACCGCUAGAACCAUCACUGCCAUCACCAGCAGAACGUGGAGCAAGGCAAGGAUGGUACAUACCGGUAGGUAGACUUGUACUGUUUAUAUACUGCCACACUCAUGUUUCUAUGUCAUAAUGUGUAAUGUUAGAAUGGUGCCUGUACCUUAUACAGGGCUCCAGCUGUGUGUAAUAUGGAGUUAGUGCAUGCUCUUGUGGUUUGUACCUUAUACAGAGCUCCAGCUGUGUGUAAUAUGGAGGUUGGUGUCUGUUCCUGGGGUUUGUAUCUUAUACAGGGCUCCAGAUGUGUGUAAUAUGGAGGUUGGUGUCUGUUCCUGGGGUUUGUAUCUUAUACAGGGCUCCAGAUGUGUGUAAUAUGGAGGUUGGUGUCUGUUCCUGGGGUUUGUAUCUUAUACAGGGCUCCAGCUAUGUGUAAUAUGGAGGUUGGUGUCUGUUCCUGGGGUUUGUGUCUUAUUCAGAGCUCCAGCUGUGUGUAGUAUGGAGGUUGGUGUCUGUUCCUGGGGUUUGUGUCUUAUACGGCCCCCAGCUGUGAGUAAUAUGGAGUUAGUGCAGCUAUCUUGCAUCUCUCCAGGUUUGUGGGGUCAGUCAAUGUAUCUGGAAUCUUCUAUAUAUCCCCCAACCUGCAUCACAAACAUUCCUCCAGUUUUAUUGCAUUGCCCUAUCUGUUGCCCCCAGAAUUGGACAUAGGGAGCAAUGGUGCUCCUUGGUGUCGAUUAUUUAAUUAUAACAUAAUCAUUACUCCCAAUGUCGAUCACUAAAUUGUGAAUUGUUGUGCUUUCAAUAACUUUCAGUUUGCCAAUUCCGGCCUAAAAUUUAAAAUUCAUUUUGAAUUAAUUUUAAGUUCCAACUAUUUGUACUUUAAGGGUUUAGGAGUUAAUUAAUUAAACCCUGAAUUGCACUAAACUGCGAAAUGCAGUUUAAAAUAGCCGAGCUGUGACUAUAGCCAAGUUGGAGGAUUUUCCCAAACCAGCUAAUUUCACUUGAUUUUUAAAUUCCAUUUAAGGUCAUUACAAUUCAGUGUUUUCUAAAUAAAUCCUGAUAGCGUACAAACAUCCUAUUACGUCACUGAUGGGCAACUCUGCUAUUAAAUGGCACAAGUGGAAUCCCUGUGUCAGAUAUUUCAGGCAGAGCUUGCUUCGUGAUAUGGAAAUUUCCACUGGCAUUCUCGAUCGCCCCAUCUGUGCGCAUUUCAAGGGAAUUACAUGCACCAAGGAUUUAACCCCAAAAUGCUCUGAAUUUAAUUAGCAAACUUCAUGGUUGAAGUGUACUUGCUGCAUACAAGCCAUCAGGGAUUGGAUAAAUGUGCUAUACUUAAUUACAUGUAUUGAUUUUCUAUGGAUUAAUUGAUUACAUGGCAAUAAAAUUAUAAUUACAUUUCACAUCUUGCUAUUAUAGAACAUAGUAAAAAAAAAUACAUAAUGUAAAUGUUGAAAGAUAGAUCUCAUUAUUAUGAUUUACUGUUUAUAUGGAGAUUCACGAGAUUCCGAAUUGUAGCAAGUUAAGGUUUGAAUGGUAAGAUUUAGACUUUUAAAAAUGUUCAGGCGGUACCUUUUGCUGAGAUGGACAUUUAUUUCUAUAUCGGCUGUUUUAGCCUCAAUGUCAAUUUGGUGUUUAGUCAGAACCCCCCCCCCCCCCAUGGCGUAUUUAUCAUCAGGGGUAUUCAAUAAAAUGUGAAUUAUUGGGAACUUUUAGUGAAUUACAGAUUUUAAGCCAAUAUACUGAAAUUGGAAACAAAUUCUAAGUCAGCUCUGUUUUUAGAUCAUGUAUUCUAACUUAAAAUGUGAUAUUCACUUUGGAUUCCCGACACAUCUCAGUUUUUAGUGAAUAACACGUUUUGAUUGACUUCACAUGCACCCAUUCCUUGCGUCACAACCAUUACACCAAUCUGUAGUGCACCAAGAUCUGAUAGGAAAGAUAAUGUUUAUAUACCUUCUGUGUGUGUUAUUUCAUAAUGAAAAUAUAAAGGUAAUACAUUUUUUUUAUUAUUUGUUUUGUCUUAUGAUCACACAAGACCACACUAAAGUGAACGUUUUAAAUGCCCUGUUUACUCACAAAUUCAGGAUUCGAGAACAUACACUAACUUUUGCACACCUUCCAUCAUUGGGCAGUAUGGAAUUGGGACUGGUGGGCACGAUUAUAAUGGUCGGGCCCGUCUGGUAUCAGUCUGACAGACCGCCUCCCGACCUGCAAGACCAUACAAAGAGCACUGCUGAAGUAUUCUAUGCAUAGUCCCAAUGCCUGUUACACAAGGCGAGUGCAUCUAAUAAUGCACAUGCUCUGUACCGAAGGCAAAGUUCCUUGGUGUUCCUGGAUGCAUGACAGGACUCUGAUAGGACCCUAAAAUCGCAACUGUCCUGCUGAAAGCAUUGUGUGUGUGUGUGUGUGUGUGUGUAUGAUAUUUCACAUAUUGUGUUUGUUGGUGUGUGUGUGUGUAUUUGUAUGACUGCUUGUGGGCUUUGUGUGCCUGUAUGUGGAUUGCCAGUAAUGUUGUAUUUGUGGAGAAUAUUAUGUAUUAUAAUACAUAAUAAUAUGUAUUAUUUGUAUGAAAGGGAGGCUUCUUUUGUAGCUCUGUGUAUAUCUAGCAGUGUGGGUCUGCAGAAAAUGCCCAGUGGGCCUCGAUGGGCGUGGACCAAGGCCAGCAGGGGAGAUCCUUUCUCCUCCCCUGCCGGCCCAUGCAGAGUCAGCCUUGCUGUAAGCACUGUCGGGCUGGUGAAGUGAUCAAAGAUCUGCUUCACCGGCCCGCUGGCACUUAGUUCCAGCAGAGGGAGGGAAGGGCUCGGGAGGCUUUGAAAAAAAUUGAAAAUAGACCGGCCGCACAGCCAAAAUCUGUGGAAUUCUUUUGGGCAUGAAAGCCAUGCUUGCGGUUGGUCAAAAGAGACUUCCAGAAAACUUUUGAACCCCUGCUCUGAUCUGGGUGAUUUUUGGGUGUGUUGUUCACCCAUAUCAGGGCUAUCCAGGGAUGUACAAUUUGUGGGGAUAUGUGGUGUUUUCUGUGUUUUGUGAAAAAUGUGUGUUUUCUGCCUGUGGGUAAUUGUGUUUGUUAAUUGUAUCAAAGGCAGAGGGGAGGGUUUGUGUACAGUAACUGGGAGUCUUCAAAUGUAAAAACUCUGUUUUUAUUGGAUUGUGCAUUUCAUGUCCUGUGCCCCACAAGGUCCAUGUGGGCGGUAACCUUGUGAGGAAAUACUGUAUAAAAGAAGCAGCUGUACCAUUAAACCUUCAGAUCUGCUUAACCCUCAAUACAUAGCCUUGUCUCGUUAUUGUAGGGAACUGCUAUAUGCACACUGGGGAUUGCUAUACUUUGUAUACUCCCCUCAGGUCUAAUCACUUAGCUCUUUUAAGAGCUGUUCCUGAUACGCUCUCCUGGAGGAGAGGUCUUUCCCACAAGGUCCUGGAUGUCGGAGGUUCAUACAGGGUGGAAGGAAGACAGCGAGACUCCAGUUAAGCUACGGCGGUUGUGGAGUCUGCGGUGGUUGUGGUGUCUGGUGUGGUGCUUUUGGUCCUCGGCGUCAGCUAGGAAGCAUCCGUCAAUGGAGGUACCCAGUCGGGGUGCCAGGUGGUCCGUUACAGUUAUAGACAACAAACUAGGCAACAAUGUGUCAAUUAGCAGUUGCUAUGGCCAGUAAGGUAUUGUCACGUAUUAAUUCUCAGGAUAUAAAUAUAAUUUUUGCCUCUUUAUGAAUCAAUGAUAAGAUCAUACCUUGUGUAUGAAAGGUUAACAAAUUUAAAUCUGUUUAGUUUAAAAUAACUGCGCCUCAGAGGGAAUUUGAUAGCAGUAUACAAAUAUAUUCGGGGCCAAUACAAACCAUUGUCUGGAAAUCUAUACAUAGGACACAAGGUCACGCGUUUAGACUGGAAGAAAGGAGAUUUAGUGUAGGGCAAAGGAAAGGGUUUUUUACAGUAAAAAUGAUAGGUAAGUGGACUUUUCUGUCGGAAAAAUAUUUUUUAUCAGAGUCUGUACAGAUGUUUAAACAGCAACAGGAUAAAUACUUGCAAAAACACAAUAUUCAGGGAUAUAAUUUUUAAUAUGUGAGGUAACCACUUCUAGAUCAAAGGAGAGCUCUGACUGCAAUACUGGGGUCGAGAGUUAAUUUUACCCCCUAGUUUGUUGCAAAAUUGGAAGUGUUUCAAACUGGGGUUUGUUUUUCCCUUAUUUUGUAUCAACAGCAAAAACAGAUGUGAGAAAGGCUGAUCUCGAUGGGCACAUGUCUCAUUUCAGCUAUGUACGGUAAUCACAAAUACCCUUUUAAGCAAAGAAUUUGACCAUUUUUAUUUAUAUAUUUUUGUCAUACCUACUGUAUGUUGGAAUAGUAUGCAUUUUUACUAAUUAUUUUUACUAACAUUUAAGACACUCUGUGAAAUAUUGCAAGGUAAAGGGACACUGUAUACUGUCUAAAGCUUUUUUUUUCCCAAAUAGUUUUAAUAAAGGAUAAACGAUAAAAUUAAAAUGUGUAAAUUUGCAUAACUUUAACUUUUAAGUUUGUGUGCAACCCAAUCUAUAAACAACCUUGCUUCAAAUAAAUAUCAUGGUAAAAAAUGUUUCAAUUAAAAAGUGCUCGAUAAUGAAAGGGUUGAAAUGGGAAUUCUCAAAAAUGUAAAGUGAGUUUCAGACUUCAGCCUUACUUCAGUUCUGAUUUUAACUUUAAAUUUGACUUUCACUUUAAAUUUCUGACUGUUCAUAUAGUGGAUAACCCUCUGUGUCAAGUAUUGAGAAUUAUUUUUUUUUUUUAUACUUUUGUUGUGCCUUCCCCAAGAUCAUUUCCAGCUCAUGAACCAAUUUUGCCAAUUGCCAUCUAAUUCAAGACAUUAAAAGCCUUUGCAAUAUUCAGUGAUGUAUUUAUCUGUUAAGCGGUGAUUAGACAGACCAGAAUACAAGCCAUAAUAUCAAGUUUCACAAUAAAGAUAUUAAUGGUUACAUAUAAUGUAUUCUCUUCUCACAGCUGGUUAAUGUAUAACUCUCAGCGGUAGUUAGCAUUUUCCAGAUAGUCGUGUCUGUUUUCAUGCUAUAAAUGUUCUUGAAAGCCUCUGGAUAAGUGUCCUCAGAUGACUUAUAACACCAUGGGAAAAUCUGUUUCAAGAGCAGCUUUUACGGCCAAUAUACACAGGAAAAUGUAGCUCAUGGAACACGUAGACAUCCAAGCAAGCAUGUUUAUGAUUUUAUUAAUUUUUAAGCACCAUUAUUCACUGUUUGCUUUGCACUCAGAGACAAACUUGUGGUUUUCUAUUUCAUUUAACCAAAUUGACUCUGCAGACUAGUUAAAGAGACAUAUAGUCACCAAAACAACUUUAGCUUAAUUAAGUAAUUUUAAGUGUACAUGUUCUUAGAUUCUACUGAGUUACCAGGUGAAUAUAAUUUAUUACCCAUAUUAAUCCUACUCAUUCAGACGCCCUUUAGAGGGUGAAAGUGACCUUUAACCCUGAGCUACUGCAAUCAGAGCAUUUACUAAUUAUUAUUAUUGUUUAGAUCGCGCUAACAAAUUCCUAUUUCAACUACAGCUGUAUGAUAAUUAAAGAUUGAAAUUAAUGUUUUCUUUUUUAUUAGUUUUGGUAGUACUCCAGUGCAUAGUACCGUGACAUAAUAAUAAUAAUGGUAAAAAUACACUGAUAGAAAUAAUAUAAUAAUAUUACAAUAAUACUACACAAUUGCUGACGUAGCAGCUCAUCGAUCAGAUAUGGCCUCACCGGCUUAUCACGCACAUGUACACAUAACAUGAUAAUACGUGCAGUAUCGUUAACAUUAAUAGCAACGUAUGAGCAUCACCAGAUUUGUUUUUCAUCGAUGUUAUGUUAUAUCUUCGUUUGUGUGACAGCUCGUUUGAGGUGUUUUUGUUUUUAAUUCGGAGCUAUAGACACUUGUGCUUUCUGUUGUUGAUGACCGCACUAGCUUAAUUUUCUAUCGCGUCAUGCAAUCGGGUACAAAAGGAAAAAAGUUAAGGGAAGGGUAACAUUCAACAGUAACUCUACUUGUGUAACCGUGUAACCUGGAAUUUCCCUGUUGUGUAUUUGUUUGGUUAUGCUAUCGGACCUUGCGGUGUGUGUGGUUAGUGGCAAGGUUUGUAGCAUGUAGCAUGACCCUCCCACUUAUUUCUCUUGGGCGUGUGUCGACGUGUUAUAGUGCCUUGUUCGUCUGUACCGUCCAAUGCUCGGGCAUUGAGCCACCCGCACCAUUGGAUACCAUGUUUUUCCGGUGUUCCUUGUAAAUUGUGUGCCAUUCUCUCGUACAAGCAUACGUUAUCCACCCUUUUUGUUACCUCCUCUAGUGUUGGUGGCGUUAUGACCUUCCACUGUGAGGCUAUCGCAAUUUUGGCUAUAGUUAAUGUUUAAUGCGUCAUGGUCGCUGGGUGUCUUACUGAAUUGCUCGUGGGGAGCAUAUGCAGCAAGUAAUGUACAGGGUCUAAUGGUAUAGCUAAUUUAGUAGUUUCGCGUAUGAGUGUUUGGACUGAGGUCCAGAACGAAGUUAUGAUUGGACAGUCCCAAAAUAUGUGAAGCAACGACCCUGCUGUGCGGUUGCAUCUCCAGCACAACGGGGAGGAGUUGGGAUACAUUCUUGCUAGUCGUAAGGGGACCAGAUACCAGCGCAUUGCUAUCUUGCAAUAUGCUUCCCAUAGGGACAAGCUUUUAGAUGCCGUUUUGUUAAGUAAAAGACCUCAUGCCAUUGUUGUAAUGUGAAUGGUUUCCCUAUAUCUCCUUCCCACUUUUCUAUGUAAGGAAGUUUGUGUUCGGAUUUCUCUCGUUCCAGUGCAUUAUAGCAAAGGGCUAGGGGUUUGACAGAGCGGGAUGUCAGAAUGUACCGGGCAGAAAGAGUGUCUGGCCGUUUUACGGGUGUUGUCGGCUUAGUGCGAGAUUGUAGUAUGUGCUUGACCCUUAAAUAUUUGAAUAAUUCUCUGGGGCUCAGGGAGAACUCGCUUUGCAGGGUAGGAAAUGCUUUCAGCAUGUUUUGGUUAUAUAGGUCCUGAAUUUUACGGAUCCCUAGGGUCGUCCAUGUUUGUAGUGGGAGGUCGGGUGAGCUGGCCUGCAGUGCUGUGAGUGGUGCUUCUUUGAAUAGUGUUUGCGUGUCUAUGACCACUGAGGCCCAUUGUCUCCAAGUGUUCAAAGUGGUUUUUGUGCACCAUAGUGUGGUACUCCCUAUGGAUGUUGGUUCGGGUGUCCAGAGGGCAUUAGUCAGAGUGGCUCGGUGUAUGCAGGCAUCCUCGAGAGCUAGCCAUAGAGGGGUUUGUUCUGCAUCUGGGGUUCUGAGUAGUCUUAGUCCUUGUGCUAAUAAAGAUGCUCGGUAGUAAUUACGGAUGUCCGGAGCACCUAAGCCACCUUUUGCAAAUGGUAGGCUAAGUUUGGCGGUGGCCAUUCUGGGAGGCUUCCGUUUCCGUAUGUGGGCGUUAAUGAUAGUCUGGAAUCUUUUUGGCAUUUUGGUCGGCAAUGGUAUGGGGAGUGUGCGGAAUAGAUAAAGCAUGUGGGGGAGAAUCCUCAUUUUAAUGGAGUUAAUGAGCCCCAACCAUGAUAUUUCCAACCCUUCCCAUUGGCUCAUUUAGGCUGUGAGUUUGUGAAGCAUAGGUGUAUGGUUUUCGGUAGUUUAGUGAGUUUAUUGAGUUUGUUAGUUUGAUGCCUAAGUAUUGGAUCAAUUUAGAUCGCCAUUCAAAUGUAUGUGUUUCUUCUAAUUUUUUAAUCGUGGCCUUUGGUAGUCGGAUGGGGAGAGCCUGGGUUUUGGCUGUAUUAUUUUUGUAGUACGACACUGAGCCAUACUUGUUCAGCAUUUGUAGAAGGACUGGGAUAGAUUGUAUCGGGUCUGUCAGAAAUACUAGUGUGUCGUCUGCAAAUAGGGCUAGUUUUUGUUCACCCACAGGGGUGUCCAGUCCCGGGAUUAGAGGGUCACGUUUAAUGUGAUAGAUGAGGGGCUCUAGGCACAGAUGAGUGGGGACAGUGGGCAUCCUUGGCGUGUGCCAUUGCGAAUGUGGAAAGGUUUGGAGAGGAAACCCGUAUUAUGGACUCUUGCCGAAGGGCAGCUGUAUAGGGCUAGGCACGAACCCUGCUUGUUCCUUCGAAACUAGCUUGGGUAGGAGUGGUUUCAUCCUGUUUGCCAACAACUUAGCGUAGAGUUUUGUAUCGACAUUCAGUAGCGAGAUAGGUCUGAGGUUAGCACACAUUGUAGGCAUUUUGUUGGGUUUUGGGAGAGUUACUAUGUGGGCUUCUAACAUUUCUGGUGGGAUUUCUCCUGUUUCUUUUAUAUGGUUGAAGAGUUUGGUAAGUUGUGGGGCAAGGGUAUCGCCAAAUUUGUGGUAGUAGUAGUUUGUUACCCCAUCUGGGCCCGGUGCUUUGUGUUUUGGUAGUGACGUUAUCGUGGAACGAAUUUCUUCGUUUGUGAAUGGCCUCUCUAAUGAUGUUUUUUGUUCCUGGGUGAGUGCUGGUAGGGUAGUGUUGUGGAAAAAUGCUUGUAAUUCUCUUUCCGUGGGUUGAUGUGUGGCGUUGUCCCUGUCGAGCUGAUAUAGUGAGGCAUAAUAGGAGGCUAGUUCCUCUACCAUAUCUUGAGGGUUGUAUAACUUGUCUCCUUUCGCUGAUAUAAUGUAUGGGAGUUUGGUGGUUUGAUAUCUCUUCUUUAGCCUUCUAGCUAGCAUUUUCUCUGCUUUAUUACUUCCCGUAUAAUGGGUUUGUUUGAGGUAUCGCAUGUGUUUUUCGGUGGUAUUUAGGGCUAAUGCAUUUAAUUGUAACCGUAUUUGUUCUAAUUGCUUUUGGGUAUGUUUUUGGGGGUUCUUGCAAUGUGUAGCUUCUAAUUUAGUAAGUGUUGUCAGCAGCUUCGCUUUCUGUGCGCAAGCCCGUCUUUUGCUAUUGGCCCCCAGUUGAAUGAGCGCCCCUCUCAGGACCACCUUGUGUGUUACCUAUUGAGUCGAAAUGGGCAUUGUACAUGAUGCGUGAUUGGCAAAAAAGUCAGUUAUCUGUUUUUCUAUAUUUUUGAAGUUCUCUGGGACAUCUAGCAGGGCUUCAUUUAAUCGCCACGUGCCUCUGCCACGAGCCGGGUAUGGGACGCGGAGCGCACGUCUGUGAGGUGUGUUAGGGUAUCUUUGUCGGUGAUAAAUAGGUCUAUCCUGGAGUAGGUCAUGUGGACCGGGGAGUAAUAUGUGUAGUCCCUCUCCGCGGGGUAUAGGCAUCUCCAUGAGUCAUACAAGUCAUGCGUUAGGAGUAGAUUAGUGAGGUGUCGACCUAAUAAGAUAGAUGGCCUUUUGGGAGCUUCGUUCUCUGUUUGUUUCAUGUCUAUUUGUGGGUCAGCUGUGCAGUUAAAGUCACCGCAUAGGAUCACGUGUCCUCGUUUAUAUCUGUACAGCUUUUUUAGUGCUGAGGGUAGGAAGGAUUUUUGAUCUACGUUGGGGGCGUAUAGUGAGGCUAUCUUGAUCACUAUGCCAUUUAGGGAGCCUACCAGUAUGAGUAGCCGGCCAUCCCUGUUUGCGUGUUGUGUGCUCAUCGUAAAUGUCCAGUCAUCAUGGAAAAAUAUGGAGACCCCUCUUGAUUUUGUUGGGGAGAAUGUGUGAAAGGCCUGCGUAUAUUGUUUCACAGAGAAUUUUGGUGGGUUUCGUCUACAAAAGUGGGUUUCCUGCAGACAGGCUAUUGCUGCUUUGGACGAGCGCAUUUCCUGCGCUACCAGUCUGCGCUUGUGGGGGCUGUUAAGGCCUUUGAUGUUAAGGGAGAAUAACUGCAUUGAGUUAGCCAUUGGAAAUAAGAGUCAGGUUAUGCUGUUUAGUAAACGCUAGAUUGACUUCGGGGGGGGGGUUUCCGUGAAAAUGCGUGUUGGUUCACGGCGGAUUUUAGUCCGCGGGCUGUGGGAAUAGGUUGGGGUUUGCAUAUUGUGGUCAGGUCUACAGGUUUUCAAGCAGUACAACCAGAUAAUGAAAAGAGAUAUAAACGGAUAUAAAAACAUAAACAUAAAUGAAACUAAGUAAAUAAAGUAUGUACAGGGUGCCGCAUUGGUUUUGGGCAUUCUACUCGAUUGGUCUGCAACCCGGGCCUCAGCCGGGCAGCAGGUCAAUCUGGGGGGCGAGGUCUACGGAGGGCAGCCGUGGCCGAGACCCUUUAAACAUGGUUUCAAUCAUAAGACAUAUUCGGUUGUUAGAACCUUUGUGUGCUUUACUGGUGUGUGUGUUUUUUUUUGUUUUUUGUUUUUUAUUGUUUGUGUGUUGUUGUUAGAUAUGUGUCACCCCCAGAAGAGGGGCUUAUUCAAAGACAUCUGGUAUAUAACGUUUUCGUGCGGUGGAAAUUAUUGUGGUGUGCAUAUAUAGAACUGCGUAUUCGUAAAUAUUAAUGUAUGUGUAUGUCGUGUUGUGCGGUGAAGUGUGGCAUGGUAUACAUACAGAUUGGCAUCCGUCAGUGGAGGGGUGUCACAUACAGUCCCGGUCGUGCGGGUGUUGCAAACAUUUAGUCCUUUUGGGUAUCUCGCUGCUGUUUUCUAGGCGAGCCCGCCAUGUGCCAUUCUGUCCGCUGAGGCAGUUUGGAGCUUUGUGCAGAAGCGUCUUGAGAUCUGAACAGUCCCCACUCCCGUAGAAGUUUCAGGCCUUCAGCUGGUUCCUCGAUGUUGUGGUGUUUGUUGUCUUUCCAUAUCAAGAGCUUGGUCGGGUAUCCCCAACGAUAUUGUAUGUUGUGAUUGCGCAGCGUGUUCGUGACAGACGAAUUCCCGUCUUCUUUCCAUAGUGAGUGCUGAUAAAUCGGCAAAUACUUGGAUGUCUUGGUACGGCUCUGGUAAUCGUUGUAAUUUGCGUGCUGCGGUCAUCAGCGCUUCUUUGGAUUUGAAAUAGUGAAAUCUGACCACCGUGUCCCUUGGUGUGUCUGUUGUGAAGCGCGGGGGUCUCGGAAUACAGGGAGUGCAGAAUUAUUAGGCAAAUGAGUAUUUUGACCACAUCAUCCUCUUUAUGCAUGUUGUCUUACUCCAAGCUGUAUAGACUCGAAAGCCUACUACCAAUUAAGCAUAUUAGGUGAUGUGCAUCUCUGUAAUGAGAAGGGGUGUGGUCUAAUGACAUCAACACCCUAUAUCAGGUGUGCAUAAUUAUUAGGCAACUUCUUUCCUUUGGCAAAAUGGGUCAAAAGAAGGACUUGACAGGCUCAGAAAAGUCAAAAAUAGUGAGAUAUCUUGCAGAGGGAUGCAGCACUCUUAAAAUUGCAAAGCUUCUGAAGCGUGAUCAUCGAACAAUCAAGCGCUUCAUUCAAAAUAGUCAACAGGGUCGCAAGAAGCGUGUGGAAAAACCAAGGCGCAAAAUAACUGCCCAUGAACUGAGAAAAGUCAAGCGUGCAGCUGCCACGAUGCCACUUGCCACCAGUUUAGCCAUAUUUCAGAGCUGCAACAUCACUGGAGUGCCCAAAAGCACAAGGUAUGCAAUACUCAGAGACAUGGCCAAGGUAAGAAAGGCUGAAAGACGACCACCACUGAACAAGACACACAAGCUGAAACGCCAAGACUGGGCCAAGAAAUAUCUCAAGACUGAUUUUUCUAAGGUUUUAUGGACUGAUGAAAUGAGAGUGAGUCUUGAUGGGCCAGAUGGAUGGGCCCGUGGCUGGAUUGGUAAAGGGCAGAGAGCUCCAGUCCUACUCAGACGCCAGCAAGGUGGAGGUGGAGUACUGGUUUGGGCUGGUAUCAUCAAAGAUGAGCUUGUGGGGCCUUUUUCGGGUUGAGGAUGGAGUCAAGCUCAACUCCCAGUCCUACUGCCAGUUCCUGGAAGACACCUUCUUCAAGCAGUGGUACAGGAAGAAGUCUGCAUCCUUCAAGAAAAAACAUGAUUUUCAUGCAGGACAAUGCUCCAUCACACGCGUCCAAGUACUCCACAGCGUGGCUGGCAAGAAAGGGUAUAAAAGAAUAAAAUCUAAUGACAUGGCCUCCUUGUUCACCUGAUCUGAACCCCAUUGAGAACCUGUGGUCCAUCAUCAAAAUGUGAGAUUUACAAGGAGGGAAAACAGUACACCUCUCUGAACAGUGUCUGGGAGGCUGUGGUUGCUGCUGCACGCAAUGUUGAUGGUGAACAGAUCAAACACUGACAGAAUCCAUGGAUGGCAGGCUUUUGAGUGCCCUUGCAAAGAAAGGUGGCUAUAUUGGUCACUGAUUUGUUUUUGUUUUGUUUUUGAAUGUCAGAAAUGUAUAUUUGUGAAUGUUGAGAUGUUAUAUUGGUUUCACUGGUAAUAAUAAAUAAUUGAAAUGGGUAUAUAUUUGUUUUUUGUUAAGUUGCCUAAUAAUUAUGCACAGUAAUAGUCACCUGCACACACAGAUAUCCCCCCUAACAUAGCUAUAACUAAAAACAAACUAAAAACUACUUCCAAAAAUAUUCAGCUUUGAUAUUAAUGAGUUUUUUGGGUUCAUUGAGAACAUGGUUGUUGUUCAAUAAUAAAAUUAAUCCUCAAAAAUACAACUUGCCUAAUAAUUCUGCACUCCCUGUACAGUGAGCCCUAUCCAUGAGCCAGCCUUCUUUCUCUACGGCCGGUGCCAAGGUGGUGCUUAGGCUUAGUAUGUAAUCAGGGAGAGCGUCAUGUGUGACGCUGUCUGGGAUUCCUCGGAAUCUUACAUUAUUUCGCCUUGAGCGAUCCUCUAUGUCUGCAGUUUUCCUUUUUAGAAGUAUGUGCUCUUCUUGGAGCGUGCGCAGUUGCUCUGCAAAGUCGUUUUCUGAGGAGCAGAUUUCUUCCGUCCGCACUUCCAGGCGGUCUGUGCGAUCACCUAUUUCGUUCAGUUCCCGUUUAAAUUCUGCAGUCAUUUUUUUCAUGUCCGCAUUUAAAGUUGUUCUCAGAUCUUGCAGCAUGGUGAACAGCCUUUUUUCACUAACUUGUGCCUCUGUGUAGGAAUAUGAGGCUGUGUCAGUUUCAGUUAGCUGGUCUGGUGCAGGAGGAAGGCCCAUGCUGUCGUCGCCAUCUUGUGGAGAUUUGCCCUUGUCUUUUCUGGCGGAUUUUAUUUGAUCCGUCAUUUUAAUUUGUUUGGAGGGGGCCAUGGUGUCGGUACCUGUCAGCGGGUAGCGAUUUGCCGGGAUUCAGAUCGUCUUAUCUGCUUUAUAAACGCGGUCGGGUCUGUUGCUGCCGGGAGCUCUCACUCCAUGUGACCGUGCGUGCCGGCUGAUUGAAAUUAAUGUUAAUAUGCGAGUUAUGAAAAAAGAUUCUAAUAGAAAAUUCAGCUGAAAUAUCAACAUUAAACUAUAUGUAGAAAUCCUGUAGACAAGAUGGAUUUUGGUGUUAUCCAGGUAUAUAUUAAAACCACUGGAACAGUUUCUAGAUAUUUAAUUCCGUGAGCUUUGUGUAUGUUUAGGGAAUCCACAAUAUAAAAGCUAUAACCAGUUCCAUUUAAUUAUGUUUGUGUGUCUAGUCCUUAUUGUUUGUCAUUUCUAAUAUACCACCAAUAAAAAGUUUUUUUUGUUUUUGGGGGCAGGGCCUGACCGCCAUGAUAAGCAGUCGCAUGUAACAUGGACUCCUCAACUAACUCACACUAAAACAAUCCAAUGUCUGUGCAAACGACUUUUGAAGAUACCUGACUGUGUCUAGGACCCCCUGGGCAAUGGCUGGUGUGAUUCUGCAAAGAUCCUGCAGCGGAGCAACAAUCCUGCCUAGCACUGUCUUGUCCUGGAGUGGCGGCCACAUUUCUCAGCUGACUCAUGUGGGCUGAACGGCGGUUGAGCUCUGCGUCCCUUCCCCCCUUUUGGACCGGUGGGAGUCCUCCCGGUCCCACCUCCACAGCAGCUGACACCUAUCCGCACGCAGACUCACCCUACCCCAGGCAGCAGUGUGCAGAGUGGCCGACCUCAAGAUGGAGGCAGGCACAGCACUUCCACAGGCGUAUUUAGGUGCGUCCUUCACGGUCAGCGAAGCUCUGUCCAGGCUGGACACGCCAUCUAGAGUGAUCAGCUGUGACUGAGGGGAGGCCCCCACUAUGGCGAACCAUGCAAGCGGCACAGUGCAGCGACAGGCAAACUGACACAGUGGCAGGUGCCGACACUAACCAAAAUCGGAUCCCCUGUGACCACUCUGCAUCACUGGCCUCCAAAUAUGCUCAAGGCCCUGAAGGACUGCCUAGCAGAUUUCCUGCACUUCCCGAUGUCAGGAGUCGGUUGAACGUGGACUUAACAUGCCCUACCGUGCCUAAGUAACCUGAAUCUGCAAGUGGUUAUGUGCUUCAACUCAUGGUUUACCUUGUUCUUUAUGCCUUUGUUUUCUGUCACACUACGCCAUAUUCACUAUACUCACCUUGGUCUUGGAGGGGCACUGUAAGUGCCGGCGGUGUAUUAACCUAUCCUUGCCUAGCAAAUGUGUUAAACUCAGUUCGCUGUUCUUAUAAAUAAUGUGUAAGUUUUAGAACACAUAUUUGACUACUCUUGUCCUAACUGAAUAACCUUAACUGUCAGCUCAACUUACUCAGCCUACUGUUCUUGAACUCACUAGCCUGACUUAUCUAUCUCUUACCUUAAAACAAAAAUUGUGCCUAAAUAGCAAACAUCACAUCUUGUAUUGCAUAUUGAAUUUCUAUAUACCUUGACAACGCUGUUAUGGCAGACUGAGGCUGUUUGUUAAUCUGUGCACAACAAAAAUAAAGAAUUAUAAAAAAAAGUUUUGUUUUGUUUUUUAAAUCUGACUAUUUCUUGCAAUUUCUGCAAUCUAGUUAAAUAAUAAUUAUACAAAAAUGUUUUUAUUUAUUUUUAAAAAUAUUUUUCUAGAUUUGGGUUCCCUUACAAGAUAUGAUGAGACCGCCACUUCCACAGAUUGGCAGAAGAAGCUCACUCCUGAACAGUACUACGUCACACGAGAAAAGGGAACAGAACUGGUAGGUUGAGGGACUUAUGGUAGAGACAGACAAAUAUAGUGGAACUAUACUCUCUCAUCACCCUUUCCCUCCAGGUGAUGCUACUUAAAGGGACACUCAGUGGUGUACACACAAUACAUGGGGCCCUGGUGCGAAACUGAUCCAUGCCCCCCCUUUCCUCCCCCCAACAGACACACACAUACAUACAUACAUACAUACAGAGUCACACACGCACAUAGACACGUGUACACAUACACACAGACAGACACGCACAAGACACACAGACACAUACAUACAGACUGACACACACACAUACAGACAGACACAUACAUACAGACGACACAUACAGACACACAAACAAACAGACACACACAUACAGACAGAAACACACAAGACACACAUACAUACAAACAGACAGACACAUACAUACAGACAGACACAUACAUACAAACAGACAGGCACACAUACAUACACACACACAGACGCAUACACACACACAUAUAUAAAAAAUGUUUGUCACCCUCCUAUUUCCUACCUUUUAGGUGACUUUCCCUGGGGUCCAGUGGUGGCUCAGGUUGAUGGGAGUCAGAGUUCCCACUCUGACUCCCUCCUCUGCUUCCUCCCACGCGGCUUUCUGAUAGCUGGGAGGAGUGACUUCCUCUCAGUGUGUGAUGUCAUCACCGUGGUACCGGGCAGUUUGCCGUGCGAGCCGGGGCUGCAAAACAUGACACGACCUUUAUAUGUACGCCACUGGGGACACUGUAGGCACCCAGAGCACUUCAGCUAAUUAAAGUGGUCUGGUGCAAUGUCCCUAUUGCACUUAGUGCUGCAAUGUUAAACAUUGCAGUUCCAUAGAAACUGCAAUGUUUACAUUGCAGCUCUAAGUCUGCCCUCAGUGGCUGUCUACCAGACAGCCAUAAGAGGGCUUCCUGAAUUGGUUCGGUAUCUGAUAUGGGACGUCCUCACACUCUGCAUGAGGACCUCCAGCGUCAGAUUUUUUCCAUAGGAAAGCAUUGAUUUAAUCAUUUUACUGUGGGGAGGUCUAAUGCGCGCGCGGCAUUUGCCAUGCAUGCACAUUAGAGCCCGCUCGUCGCGGGACAUGGGAGGGAGCAGAGCGUUGGCCCAGCGCCGAGGGACAUCGGCACUGAGAUAGGGUGAGUAAAAAAAGGGGUUUUAACCCUUUACUCAUCCGAGCAGGGGGCGCGAGGGAGGGGGAGGCAAUGAGUGCGAUAGUGCUAAUACAGCUUUGUAUUCCUGGUAUCCCUUUAAGGGGAGUUCUCAGAUCUCUGCAGUGGGAAUGGUUAUCACCGGCAGCCAGCAGCAGUCUGGCUGAGACCAGUGGGAGUUGUUAAUGGGAUGCAUAAACUGCAGCUGAUGCCCUUCUUGUUUAACUGUUAUGAUGUUCAUUGUUCUCUAUCAGGCAUAUUCACUAAAGUGUCAGAAAUCAUAAAUUAAUUCAAAGUGAAUUUGAAACUUUAGUCUAAAAGAGCCCAAAUGGAAAACCCUGAAAAGCCUUUUUUAUUGAGAAAUUUUCCAAUCCCUAAAUUAUCCUAAAAUUUAAAACCACUUUAAAGUCCUGACAAAUCUCACAUUAAUGAGUCACGUUCUAUUUAUUUUAAUAAAUGUCACUAUUUAUUUCAUGCUGUCAAUGAGAGGUAAUUAGUUUGUAUCAUGUUUUUUAAAUGGUAAAUCACGGAUAGCAGAAACUGGCCUCUGGCUGUGCUAACAAUAUAUUUCUAUCUCCAGCCUUUCAGUGGGAUCUACCUGAACAACACAGACGAAGGGACUUACCACUGUGUUUGCUGUAAUUCUGUACUGUUCAGGUAAAUACUGUUAUUUUCUGCUUGUAUUCCUCUUUCCAGCUGAGAUUACUGCAAUAUGAACAUACACCGGUCAAUCGGAUGAAUGAAAACCCAUUAUUUCCAAAGAGCACAGCAAACGGCAAUCACUCGGAAAGAUCUCGAUUUUGCUAUCAAGGAGCAGCAUGACUCUGUGUAUGCAAUCUAUGAAGUGUGACUAUAUUCCUUUUUCAUUUCAGCCGUAAAAUUUGAGCUUUACAAUCCAUGGGAAGUCAAGCUGAUUUGAUUAGUAUCCUCCUGAUAUAUAUUUUUUUUUUUUUCCACUCACCAUUUCGAUCCCAAAUAUUUUGCUGACCCAGCAAUUAUUAAGAGGAAAAAUGUUUUUGCAGUCUUUUCCAGAGUAUUUUGGAGAAAUUAUUGCUAUUAGAGUGCAUUCCACUUAUCAACUUGGUGUCGUGGUGAAGUUGUUUUUUGCCGGAUUAAAACUCCUAUCAUCCUUCGUGAAACAGAUGGCCAUUCAGACCUAGUGUUCGUUCCCUAAAUAGCUGAUCUAUUAAAUGAUUCAAUAAGAAAGAAGUGCUAUUACACCAAUAGUAAUGAUAAGGAGUUGUCCAGUAAAAUCGCGCUAAUAUAUGAACAUUUUAAACAGCUUUUUGAGGUCCUCGUAGACCAGGAUUAGAAAUCACUGCACUUACCCCUGUACCCAUACCGUGACCCAUUCUAUGAAUAAGCUGAUAGCAACUAUUAUUAGAUUGCUGAGUCAAACUAUGGCUGGGCUUGAAUUACAUAUCUCAUAGAUGACCAGCUGAACAGUGAUUUUAUGGAAUGACAGAAAAUGGGAAUCAAUGAGUUGCUCCAAACUGGUAGGACAUCGAGGCUGGUCUGGGAGGUCUCCACCAGCUGCAGCAGGUGUCUGUACAAGUUCUGCAGUUUCAGGAUCUUUAAAGAUUUUCUUUUUAUUAAAUGCAUUAUCUAAAACAAUUCACCUGGACUAGUUUGCUUUAAGGAGCCUAAUUGCAGGUGAAACCUAAUUUUCAUUUCCGUAAAUAUUUAGCUACAUAAAUAGCAAUGGUAGUUUAUGAAUUGAAGAAUUUUGCAAUACAGUGUUCUAUAUUCUACCAUUCUGUUUUAGUCCCUGUUUCAAUGCACUAUAACUUGAUUUCACAAAGCUUUUAGUCAAUAAACCCUUAUGUGUUACUGGGUCAUUUUUAAAGCAUUCUUUUUCUCCUUACUAGUUCUGACAAGAAGUACAAUUCUGGGACUGGCUGGCCUUCUUUUUCAGAAGCCUAUGGCACCCAAGGGACUGAUGAAAGCAACACGAAUAUAUUGAGGCGACCAGAUAACUCUCUAGGAUGUACUGGGACUGAAGUCAUCUGCAAAGAGGUAGUCACGUCUGUAUUCUAUGCAAAAACAAAGACUCUGCUCUUAAAGCAAGUGUCACAGGGUACCGCGUUGUAGGGUUCAGUAUUCUAGUCCUGGCAAUUUUAGCUAUAUGUUGUACUAGUCAUAUCGCUAGCAAAUGUAUAGCUAUACAAAGGGAUUAAAUAAUGCAAUUUUCCCAUGAUUUCCAUUAUGUAUAUUAGCACAUAGGACAUAUUUGAUACAAAUCUACAAUUUAAAAAAGUUGUGUUUUUAAUUGUUAUUAUUAAAAAAUGUGAAGUUCCUUUUAAUAACCAUUUAUGGUUUUAUCGGUGAUGUGGACCAAUUUCUUGUAAACUGUAAAAUUUAGGUAAUGAAGUAGUUUUGGUAGAUAGAUCAAGCCACUGCAGUCUUAAUGCUCACAUCUCUGCCAUUUAGGAGUUAAAUCACUUUGUUUAUGCAGACCUAGUCACACCUUAUUGCAUGUGACUGACACCGAAUUUCUGAACACUUCCUGUAAAGAGUCAUCUAAUGUUUACACUUCCUUUAUUGCAAAUUCGGUUUAAUUUAGAUGUUCUUAACUCCUGCACUGUUAAUAGCUUCCUAGACCCUACAUGAGCUUCCUGUGUGUCAUUUAAAGUUCAAUUUGCAGAGCAGGUGAUAAAAACUCAUAAGGCAAGUUAACAUGUGAUUGAAAAUUAAACCAUUUUUUUUCAUGCAGGCUGUCAGUCACAGCCGGGGAGGUGUGGCCAUGUCUUCAUAGACAGAAACAAACAUAAUUUAACUCCUAAAUGGCAGACAAUUGAGCAGUGAAACUGCAGGGGCAUGAUCUAAACACAAAAACUGCUUCACUACGCUAAAGUUGGUUUGGUGACUAGAGUGUCCCUUUAAUUUUGCUAUUCAUUUUUUCACCUCAUAUUUUGUAAGGAAUUCACAGUGAUACUUGCACAGUAUUGUAUCAGUACCCUUAAAAGGAUUUCCUAUAUUUUCCUACUCUCUUGCAGUGCGAUGCUCACCUUGGUCAUGUCUUUGAAGAUGGUCCUGCUCCUUCUGGUCAAAGAUUCUGUAUUAACAGUGUUUCCCUGACCUUCAGACCGAGUUAAACUGCAUGAUUUCAUCAUCCUUUGUAUUGUAUGCAAUUCUGUUUUUGUUUUUAUUUUUCAGUUGUGUUUUAUCCCAGAACCUUUAAUGUAGCUUAGUGACCAGUAGUAUAAACUUACAGCAUAUACAGUAUCUCACAAAAGUCAGUACACUCCUCACAUUUUUGUAUAUAUUUUAUAUCUUUUCAUGUGACAACACUGAAGAAAUAACACUCUGCUACAAUGUAAAGUAGUAAGUGUACAGCCUGUAUGACAGUGUAGAUUUGCUGUCCCCUCUAAAUAACUCAACACACAGCUAUUAAUGUCUAAACCGCUGGGGUCGUUAUCAUGUUGGAAUACUGCCCUGCGGCCCAGACUCUGAAGGGAGGGAACCAUGCUCUGCUUGUGUAUGUCACAGUACAUGUUGGCAUUCAUGGUUCCCAAAAUUAACUGUAGCUCCCCAGUACCGGCAGCACUCAUGCAGGCCCAGACCAUGACACUGACUGUAGGCAAGACACUGUACGCUUGUUUUUGUACUCCUAACCUGGUUGCCGCCGCACAUGCUUGACAUCAUCUGAACCAAAUAUGUUUAUCUUGGUCUCAUCGGACCACAGGACAUGGUUCCAGUAAUCCAUGUCUUUAUUCUGUUUGUCUUCAGCAAACUGAUUGCCGGCUUUCUUGUGCAUCAUCUUUAGAAGAGGCUUCCUUCUGGGACGACAGCCAUGCAGACCUAUUUGAUGCAGUGUGCGGCGUAUGGUCUGAGCACUGACAGGCUGACCCCCCACCCCUUCAACCUCUGCAGCAAUGCUGGCAGCAUUCAUACAUCUAUUUCCCAAAGACAACCUCUGGAUAUGACGCUGAGCAUGUGCACUCAACUUCUUUGGUCGACCAUGGCAAAGCCUGUUCUGAGUGGAACCUGUCCUGUGAAAACCACUGUAUGGUCUUGCCCACCGUGCUGCAGCUCAGUUUCAGGGUCUUGGCAAUCUUCUUAUAGCCUAGGCCAUCUUUAUAUAGAGCAACAAUUCUUUUUUUCAGAUCCUCAGAGAGUUCUUUGCCAUGAGGUGCCAUGUUGAACUUCCAGUGACCAGUGUGAGAGUGAUAACCAAAUUUAACACACGUGCUCCCCAUUCACACAUGAGACAUUGUAACACUAACGAGUCACAUGACACCGGGGAGGGAAAAUGGCUAAUUGGGCCCAAUUUGGACAUUUCCACUAAUGGUGUACUCACUUUUGUUGCCAACGGUUUAGCCAUUAAUGGCUGUGUGUGGAGUUAUUUUGAGGGGACAGCAAAUGUACACUGUUAUACAGGCUGUACACUUACUACUUUACAUUGUAGCAGAGUGUCAUUUCUUCAGUGUUGUCACAUGAAAAAAUAUAAUAAGAUAUUUACAAAAAUGUGAGAGGUGUACUCACGUUUGUGAAAUACUGUAUGUUUAUCCACAAGUACUAUUUCACCACUUAAUGACAGUUGAUGUAUUGGGUCAAUCAUGAUAUAAUGGAUUUGCUUAACCCCUAUUUGUAUUAAGGGUUUAAAUUAACAUCACACAGCAAAUGUAGUUUGAAACCUUCCAAUGUUUAUUAGAAUUAUGGUUCUCAAGUAAAUAGGUGGGAUUGUAUCACACCAUAUGGCUGUACAGUGAUUAACCCAAAAUUACAAUCUUAGCUGUAUUACUAUGUCUGAAAAGUUGGGGUGUUCUACACAAAGUAUGUACUUGAGAGUUCAAAUAUGCAUGCAAAUAAGAGAUUUUCGUUAAUAUUUCCAUUUAAAUUUUUUAUGUUUUUUUUGUUUUGUUGUUUUUUUUCUAUUAAGUGUGAGUGAAACAUGGUUUACGUUUUUUCCGGGUGCACCUGCAGAUAGUUUUUUGGAUUAUUUUUUUAACUUUAUGAAAUGUCACAAAUGUUGCUUACACUCCGUAUUUGUAUUUAAUGAAAAGUCUCACAGAUAGACCUUUUGCAUUAACCUAUGUCCACAAUGCUGUUUUAGAUGCAUAGUCCACUUUAGAAUAUCUUUAUGCUAGCAGUUUGUUUAAAGUGAAGCGGCAUAAGUGACCAAACUACUCAAAUCCAGAAUUUACUUCAUUUCCUCCCUCUUCUUCUCCUUCUCCCAUUUUGACAACAAAAUAUCCUCUCUUAAAUCAUAGCACCAUAUAACCUUCCUAUAUGUUGGGGUCCUUGAAGCCUCAAUGCUGGAGGUCAAUCAAAGAUGCUUAUACAAAACACCAUGCUAUGACAUCAUAACCCCAGACCAUCUUCUCGCUAAGUGUGACAAAGACCAUGUGAUUUUGGUCAAAACGUUGCCAGCUCCACUUUGGUGGAAUAAAACUCCUUCCUUAAGAUUUUGGUGUUGUGGCUCUAUUAUUAUUAAUUUAGUUUGACUUUGGGGUCUGUAUAAAGAAACUUCUGGUACCUGCACCCAUCCAUAUACUUGUCAGUAGUGCCGGUUCCUCUCUAAUGUUCUUUUUUUUUUUUUUCUCACUAGAGCUCAGGAGGACUUUUAUUUUCUCACUAGAGCUCAGGAGGACUAUAAGGGAGCGUUAUUUUGCUUUUUUUUUUUUAAACUUGUCUUCAUUGGGCGACUUGCAUUUUGAAAUUUACACUUCUCCGAUGUUUCUAAGUUUUAAAUUUGUCUGUAUUUUCAGAGUUGUUUUUUCUAUUUUUUUUCCUUUUCUAUAGUGCCUGUUCACUAGGCAUGCAUAUGAUUGUUAAGAUUCUUUAUUGUUAAAUUCUAUAUUAUGCAUGAUGUUCACCAAAGAAGCAUUUUAUGUAAAUUUAAUUGCAUUCAGCAAAUUAAUCCCUAUCACUUACAAAGUAAUUAAUAUACGUGUGGAUAUUUUUAGUGUUGUAGGAAUAGAAAGUUGCAGAAUUUCCAAGGGUUUGUUCUGUCAUCAACAUAAAUAAAUUGAGUUAGCGCUCUCUAUUAGUAUAAAAAUUUAAAUCAUUAUUUAUUUCUAUAAGCACAGAAAAAGACGGCUCCUAGUGCUUUACGAAUGGGUUGGGUUAUUACUUUAUAAUAAAUCUAAGUUCUGGAGUGUGUGUAUUUUGCACACAAGAUCACUUGGUGCACAUACCACCCAUUUCCUAUUUCAACUCCCUACUUCCUGUCUGUGUUGUGCUAUACUGUGCUUAUAAUAACGAAUAAGUGUACAAUGUGUAAAGGAGUUAAUGAAAAGCUCUACACGCCUAAAAGUGGUACCCCCUACACCACUUUAGAAAAUGAACAAUAUAUAUACAUACGUAAGGUGGAGCUUCUAAAUAACUGUUUAGUAGAUAGCCUGAAAAAUAAAAUUAUAAAACACUAGUGCAAUACAGUAUUGUUAAGUAUAACUUAUAUUAAAUGCAAGAGUGGUGUUACUCACAAAUCUGGAGUCAUACCCUCAAUGCUAUUU